GUGUGGAUUUGAAAUGUACUAAAAUUUUAGUGCGAACAUCGACGCUGAAGCACAACAAAAAGAUCUGCGCUCCGCCCGUUUGUUGAUCAAUAUUCAUUGUUCCACAUUUAAAAAUAGUCAUCAAUAGUUUGACUACAAGCGCCCGAAUCAAUAACCAUUAGAAUGUGGCACGAAGUGCAGCUUGCUAAGGAUGAAAAUCGCAGAGAGUUGGUGCUCGCGGGACCUGCCAUCCGGAAACGAUUCGAGGAAAAUGAUGGUAAUCUGGACGAGACUGUCUACCAGCUGAGUGCCCUCAAUCUGCUGGACAUCAACGAUACACCGUUGAGCGAAAUUUCGUCGAAGAUCGCCAACCUGGAGCAUCUGCAGUCGUUGAUACUAUUUCGGAAUCAAAUCGGUAGCAUUCCGGCUGAAAUUGGACAACUUUCGGCGCUUAAAGUGCUGGAUUUGUCCGGAAACCGCAUCGAAUCGUUGCCGGUCGAGUUGGGAAAACUGAAAUCACUGACCACGAUCAAUCUGUCCGGAAAUAAGCUGAAAGAGGCGGAUUUGGGCCAGCUGGAGAGGUUGACGGUGUGUAAUUUAUCCUCGAACCAGCUGGAGCAGUUUCCGGUAUUGCCGAUCGGAAAAGAAACGCACCAUCUAGCUGAGAUAAACUUGGAGAAAAAUCAGAUCAAAGAAAUUCCGAACAGCUUGGUCAAUCAAGCUGGCUUGAAGGCGAUAAACGUGGCCGACAAUAAAAUUGAGCUGGUGCCACAGUUUUUGGCAAAGAUUACAAAGUUGAAGGAAAUCAACCUUAAGGACAAUCCUUUGAAGGACAAGCGGUUGAAGAAGUUGGUUGAGCAAUGUCGCAGCAAACAGGUUUUAGACUACGUCGAGAAGAAUGGCUACGUUGCUCCAAAGUCUGAAAACGAUUCCGGCGAUAAGGUCCCUACUGAACCGACGACGCCGGAAGAAGUCGAAGUCCGACAGCUGAUCAAAGUUUUUAAAGCCUCGGACGAUGCUCGCAAAGUAAGCUUUACACAGGAAGCCCAUUCAUUGCGAGCACACACGGCUCACUGCAUUGUACGGGACUUCGAUGUGGGUAACAUGAAAAAGUUCCUCCAACUACAGAAUGAACUUCAUGACAACGAAUGCGGAAAGCGAGAGCUGGCCACCAUUGCUACCCAUGAUCUGGCGAAAAUCAAAGGAAACAUCCGCUACCGGGCGGAUCUUUCGGAGCAGAUCGAAAUCACUCCUCUCGGAGCAAAGGCCAAAACCACAGCAGCCAAGUAUUAUGACGGAUUGAAGCAACAGGCGGAAGUCAUUCGAAAGGAGAAGAAGCGCAGCACUUACUCCGGGGUAUAUAAAUUUAUAAAUCUGCUCGAGGGUGAGGUAUUUGUUUUUUUCGAUGACGAGGAGAAAGUGAUCAGUCUUCCUCCGCUGACAAACUGUGACGAGACGAAAAUAUCUGCGGACACCAAAAACAUGUUGCUGGAGGUGACCAGUUCGGUCAGCAUGGAUGUUUGCCAUAGGGUGAUGGUGGCUCUGCUCAAGAAGCUGCUGCUGAAGGACGUACAGGUGAGUCGGACCCAUCCGGAGGGAAAGAAGAAACCCAAAGGGAAGACAUCGAGCGCCGUCGUGACGUAUGAUAAAGCCGUGGAGAUGCAUAUUGAGCAGGUGCGACUGUACGACGCCGAGGGGAACUUCCAUUCGCUCUAUCCGGGUAAAGGCGAUUUGGUGUUCCCUGAGGAGGAGAAAAUCGACGUCGAGUUCAAGUAAGAAGAAGAAUUUAAUGCCGUUUAUUUUUUACCUGAAAUAUUUAUCUCUGUACCGUACAAUGUUUGAGCUAGGCUUAUAGACUAACGGAAUUCGUUCACUUUCGUUAAGAUCAUGUAAUGAUUGCUUACCAAGUUGUUUAAUCGGCAUUAGUAUUUGAUACUAAAUUUGAGUUAUGUUUUCUAACAAGAA